GGACCGAGAGCGGCGGUAGCUGAGGCCAUGUUAGCCCGGGUAGGAGCUUCCUCCGGGGAGAGAGCCGGUGCGGGGUUCUUUUAGUUCUACUCCCUCUCGACCGGAGGGAGCCUAAUCCCAGAGCUGCCGGACUCGGGGCUUCCGACUCUGUACUCUGGGCUAGAGUCCUCUAAGGGGCUGGGACGGCCAGGGGCAUCUUGGAAGAGGAGAAGCGUCCCCGAGGCCGGGGAGCUUCUUCGAGGAAGCUUCCCUGAAGAGCCAGGAUGAAUAUGACUCAAGCCGGGGCUCUGGGGGCUGCAGCUGCAGGGCUGGUGGUGGUUCUCCUCUACGCCUCCAUCCACAGGAUCGAGGAGGGACACCUUGCUGUGUACUACAGGGGAGGAGCUUUACUUACUAGUCCCAGUGGACCAGGAUAUCAUAUUAUGUUGCCUUUUAUUACCACCUACAGAUCUGUACAGACAACACUACAAACUGAUGAAGUUAAAAAUGUACCCUGUGGAACAAGUGGUGGGGUCAUGAUCUAUAUUGACCGAAUUGAAGUUGUUAAUAUGUUGGCUCCUUUUGCAGUAUUUGAUAUCGUGAGGAACUACACUGCAGAUUAUGAUAAGACUUUAAUCUUCAAUAAAAUACACCAUGAAUUGAACCAGUUUUGCAGUGCCCACACUCUUCAGGAAGUUUACAUUGAAUUGUUUGAUCAGAUAGAUGAAAACUUGAAGCAGGCCCUACAGAAAGAUCUGAACAUCAUGGCCCCCGGUCUCACUAUACAGGCUGUGCGUGUAACAAAACCCAAAAUCCCAGAAGCCAUAAGAAGAAAUUUUGAACUAAUGGAAGCUGAGAAGACCAAACUCCUAAUAGCUGCACAGAAACAAAAGGUAGUGGAGAAAGAAGCAGAAACAGAAAGGAAGAAGGCUAUCAUAGAGGCAGAGAAAACUGCACAGGUGGCAAAAAUCCGGUUUCAGCAGAAGGUGAUGGAGAAGGAAACUGAGAAGCGUAUUUCUGAAAUUGAAGAUGCUGCAUUCCUGGCCCGAGAGAAGGCAAGAGCAGAUGCGGAAUACUACACUGCACACAAACAUGCCACUUCAAACAAGCUCAAACUAACCCCGGAAUACCUGGAGCUUAAAAAGUACCAGGCCAUUGCGGCAAACAGCAAGAUCUACUUUGGCAGCAGCAUCCCCAGCAUAUUCAUGGACUCCUCUUGUGCUUUCAAAUAUCCAGAUGCCAGGACUGGGAGAGAAAUUUCUCUCCUCUCCAAGGAGGCUCCAGAGCCCUCUGAGAAGAGCCCCAUGGGAAACAAAGCAAGCACUGGCUGAUGCAAGAGCUGGAAAAAUCGUCUGUACCAAGACAUGGCAGUCGGGAGGGUGGGUGGGUGGGGGCAAUGAUCGGGACAAGGGUUAUAAUGACUCUGCAAAUCAAUUCAUAGAAAUACUGCUCAGUCUACUCUGCUCUCCUGGGAUCGGCCUGGUUUAUCCACUGACUGCUGGACACAGCUCCCUGGCAGUCAGAGGGUUUUCUUCAACCACAAUUCUUUCAAGCUCCCUCUAUGUGUUCUUUUAUAAGCUAGGUACUUGUGAAUAGGGAAAAGACUAAUGCUAAGACACUGCCUGCACUGGAAUGUUAAACACAAAAAUAUGUAAAGAGUUACUGCUUUUCUAAGUGGCAAUCUGCAAAUGUUUACAUCAUACCCUGGGGAAAAUGUGUUUUCAGACCAAAGGGACCCAGGUGACUGGUAAGUACAAUAAAGAAGAACUACAAAGACCUGGGUCCCGGGGCUCAGUUAUUCUCCCCUUUGGGGCCCAGAGCCAGGAUUUACAGAAGUGAUUGACGUUUAGUCCAUUGAGGUUCUUUGGGAAAGGACCUUCCAAGUGAGUGGAUUCUUUUGUCCAACAGCAAAGUUUGUGGCCAGUUGGUCUAGAGAUCUUGCCAUCCGACCAGAAACUCCUGAAGAUUUCCUGCUGCCACAUGUUAGGUGUGUGGAGAUUCGGCAGCAACAGGCUCAGGGACAGGCUGUGCCUGAUUCUAAAGUCAUUAAACUAAUCCUCUCCUAUAGACUGAAGCACUGCUGUUCCUGAUUUCCCCUCCUUUGGGUGAUGAUCGUACUUUUUCUCUGCCCAGGGUGUUGGUAGCAAGCUGGCUCAAGACUCUGAAUUGGGUUUUGCUUGUUCUUAGUUCAGCAGCUACCCGAGAAUGGGUUGGACUUUGACAUCCACUACAUACUUUUAUCCUAAAUGAAAAAAGGUUUGUUCUUAGAACUGGAUUUGGGUGCAUCUCCAUGCCCCAGCACCUCUGCCUCUUUCCAAGGCCAAGCCUGUGACUGCUCUGGUAACUCCAUAGCACAAUGAUUCUUGCUCCUGUUCAUCAAAAACCCCAGUGUAGUAAGAAGUAUUGGUUAGUGCACUUUGAUAGCCCUUCCUUUUUCUGUCUUUACUGGCUAGUUGGUAACUGCCUGCUCUCAGAAAGCUAAAGUGGUCAUCUUGUUUGCCCUUCCCAGACUGUCACUGGGAGGCCAUCAUCCUGCUAAGGGUGCCUACAGAGGGGCAGUGCCACAGAGAGAAGGAUUUUGAAUUGACAAGUGACCUAUUGAUCUGGGAGACAUUCCCCAGACCUCUCAAGAGGCUGGAAUUGGCUCUCCCCAAAGCAACAGUAAAUGCAACUUCUGAAGAUGUCUCCAGUUGGACAAAGAAGCCAGACCAGAAGACCAUUUGUCUACUCUUGCAGGUGGUGGUAGAAGGUGCUCCAGCUGAGAGCAUCCAUUGUGCCAAGAGGGGAAAGCCCAAACCUGAAAUGGACCAUUUACUCUUAAGAUGUUUCCUGAGCUGUGCACUUGUGGUGGCAUUGUGAUUGGAAAUUUGUUUUUAUUCUUUGCUUUAUCAAUUCAAUUUUGCAUCCUCUAUGCCUCCUAUAUCCGUAAAGUUUCUUGGUAAAUUGAUCAAAAUAAACAUGGCAAUCCACUUGGCUUUAUUGUUGCUGAUUGAAGUAUCUGUUGUGGGAAGUUUUGUGUCCUUGACCAUUUGUAUGUACUCUUGGUCCCAGAGACUCUCCUCCAUCUAGUAAACUAUAGACCUAAAAGUCACCCCAAGGUGGUAGUAGUGUGUUCACAUUUGCUCAACCUAUACCUGCUAGGUCUUAGAAAUGGGAUGCCAUUGUGGAGGAAAUGUUUUUUUCAAAUUUUAAAGAAAGUACAUCCACUUAAACUCCCCAAGAAGCUUGUUUCCCAGUGCUCACUCAGUGGGCUUUUGAUUCUGUCCCUCCUUUGGGGAUGUGCCUUUUGGUAAAUAUAUGCUGUAAUCUUGAAGUCGAAAUUUAUAUGCAAAAUGUUACUUUUUGAAAAAAACUAAAUAAAGUGAUUUUACUAUCA